AUCCUCCUCCUCCAUCACCACCUCUUCCUCUUCUCUCCUUCGUCCUACAUCCCUCACUCCUUGCCUGCCAGUCAGAAGUCCUACAUAUUCCUAAAGGAUAAGAUGCCAUGGAGGACACCAGAAGAACGGCGCUGUACAUCUGCUCUGUUCUGUGUGUCUUAACAGAGGUCAGCUGCAAAUUCAUCUAUAUCCCUUUACUGGUUCAUCAUGGCAUUGAAGGGGAGUCCUUGCAUCUGUCUGUGGAGACCCGCUUUCAAUUGGAUGAAGCUGAGAUCCAGGGAACUUGGUCUCACACCAAGCUGAAUGGUGCCAGGACCACACUGAUCACAUUUACCAAAGCAGCUUCAAUCGCUGACAUGAUGUACAGCAGCAACCUCAUCUUCAGAAAACCCAAUGUGUCUUUGCUGAUCAAACAAUUAAACCAAGACUAUGAAGGGGAUUUUCAUCUAAGCCUCAACAUACAGUUUCAUAACAAAACAGAGUCAGUUUUCAAGGAAGAGGCAACUAUUCAUGUGACAGUAGAUGUCCCUGUCUCUACUCCAGUCAUUGAGAAGAGCCCGUCAUAUGCAGUCAUAGAAGACAAAUCAAAUGUGACUUGGACUUGUUCUGUUGAGAGAGGAACAAGAGUUGUGUACCAGUGGUUUAGGGAUAAUGUUGGACUGGCUCCCAGUGAAAGGUACCAUUUCACCCAUGACUACUCUACACUGUUCAUCAGUCCUGUGAGAAAAGAGGACAAGGGAACCUACCGCUGUGUGGCCAGCAAUCCAGUGAGCCAGGGCCAAGACAGCAGGCCGGUGGUACUCAGUGUGUACUAUGGUCCCUACAACUUAGAGGUGAAUUCUGGUCAGGGUCUUCGGACAGGACAGGUGUUCACCAUUAAUCCCGGACAGCUUGUCUUCUUUGAAUGCCAGGCCGACUCCAAUCCUCCAAACAGCUACGUCUGGAUCUCCAAAAGCCCCAAUGGGACACAGAUCAUCACUGAGGGCCCACGACUGGAGGUGCGCUCCUACAGACUGGCCCAGGCUGAAGAGUACCUGUGCCGCGCUUUCAACAAUGUGACACAGAAACAGGAUGAGGCCCAGUUUACGCUGGUGGUGGCCAGCUUAGGAACAGGGAAAGAGAAGCACACCCAGGAGGGCGCAUCUGUUUCUCCACUGUUGGCCAUUGUUUUCAGCUCUUUGCUUAUCAUUGGCUGUAUGCUGCUGUUUUUCCUCAGGAGAACAUGCCACCCGAAAAGAGUGCUUGUAAACCUUUACGGCAGGUCAUUUUCAGAGCAAAAACGACCACAUCGUUCAGGUCACGAGGAUGCAAAAGAGGACUUUGGCAUCUAUGAGUUUGUCUCCAUACCUGGGAAAAUGGAAUCUGCACAGGUGUCAUGCAGAUCUCUUGCUCGCCUCGAGUCAAUUCAGGACAUGCACACCACCAUCUAUGAUGUGAUCAGACAUGUUCCUGAAACUCCCAGUCAUAGUUUGCUCAAGUAGCUACGUUGAUAAAACUUACACUUGCAGUUCAAGACUUCUGUGUAGCUUUAUCCUCACAAGUCUCAGCUGUCAAAGCCUGAAGCUCUGAGUUUGGUGGCCCAGUUUAUUUUGCACAAGGGAUUACGGAGACUUGUUGGGGUAUCUGAUCAUGCACUGUUACUGUUGUGUGUCUGGGAGGUAUAUAAAAUGUAUUUUACUGAUUUUAUUGCAAGAUAAAAUACAUGUAUGAUUUGAUAUUUUAAAAAAUGUCAAAGGGUAAUUGAAGUUAUUUUAUUUCCGUUCAAGAGUGGUUGAAAAAAAAUAAAAAAAGACCCAAAUUCCUACUCUGAUUACUUUUAAAACAUAGUUAAUUUAAUAUAUGAAUUCAUUGUUGUCAAUAAUAUAUUUUUAAGAUAACAUUUCAUGCUAAUGAAAUAUGUUUUCUGAUAAGUGUUAUAAUGAAAGCAUUUCCUUGUAUGAGAUAUAUUCUGGUGAAAUGUAAAUAUUGUACAUGGAUUCCAAAAAAGGCCUUUAAAAAUAUUAUUCUAUUACUAUGAUUUGCUCCUAUUUGUUUAUUUCCAUAGCAAUGCAGAAAUAACUGCUCUGAGAGGAAAAAGAAAAAGUCAUUCUGAUGAUCCAUUUUCUUGGUCUGAUCUAAAUUCAUGAAGGAAAAACAAUAUAUUGGGGACUAACUGAAAUAGAUGUAUAUAUUUAGAUAUUAAAGCAAAUUCUAUGUUUUUGUACAAUGAGCAUUUUUGCAGCUUCUGUCAUCUUCAACAUUACUCAGUGUUGGUCAUUUCAACUAAUCCUCCAUCCAUUCCUUAUAAUGUGCUAUUAUAGAAAAUGAAGAUUCCUCAUCAAGAACUGAUGCCAGCUGUUAAGACAUGCAGUCUAGUUGGGUAGUUGCGUGUGCAUCUAAGGUUUCUAUUACUACUCAACCUGAUCUUUCUCUAUGUCCUUGUGCAUGUAUUCCCCACAUUGUGUAUGACAGUCUUGUCAGUCUGAAAUGUUCCAAAGUUGCUCCUAUCUUACUCCCAAAAGGUCCACUUAGGUGGUCAUUUUUAGUUGUCUGCACAUCAACUCAUCCACAAGGCCAACACUAUGUACUGUAUUUGUAUUCCAUGGAGAUGCACUUGUAGAUUCUGUGUAAACUGUGAAUAUUUGGGCUUUCUGAGAUAUUCAGAAGGUUCUCUUUAGCUUUGGUGCUAUGAUGCCCUGGCUGCAGCAAUAUUUAAUGCAGGUUGCAACUUCUCAGAUUACAUGCAAGGGUGUGUACCUUAACAACAAGCACCAAUGUCUUUAUUAAGAGGUGAAUCUGCAGCUUUGAGUUUGGAUGGUUUGUAGCUUGUUAAAUAAUAUGUGUAAGAAGUUUCCCUUCAGGAUUAUCUGCCAGACAGUAUGGUUUGAUUGUAUAAAAAGUGAAGAAGAUGUCGCUGUUCACAGAUGUGGAAAAUGCCCAGAGGAAGAGUAAGAUGAAAUGAAUGCAUACUGUAUGUCACGGCCAGUGACUGAGUCUUUGAAAAGUUUUCAUUUAUAGCUUUUAGUUGCAAGUUUAGGCAGCAAAACUAAAUAUAAAUACAAAGACAAACUUUGGAAAAUGGAUCAACAGAAUUUAGUUUUCUUACUUGGCUAUCAGGGUUUCUGUACUGGAAACUUUACUAUACUAUGUUCCCUCAAAUGUAGCAUUUGUUUCUGCUUAUGACUAAUAUAUUGAAAUUCUUAAAUAAGAAAACUAUUAAUGUACAGUUUCCAUUUGUGUGUUUUGUAUUAAAGAUAACUGUUUACUAUUCA